AUGGACCUUCUUCGCUUUGCAUUACUUUCAGCGCUCCUCGUGGCGUUUUCUACAGCUUAUCCAGGGAAGUGGAAUGGUUGUCACGUCGAGGAACUCCCACCUAGUUGGAUCCUGGAAUUUAGAAGCAACGUAUCCGACAAUGCCCUCUCCAACUUCAAGCAUCACUUCCGCAAACGAGCCGAGAAUGCUAGCGUUCAGAUUACACACGAGUUUAACCUGGGGCCUGGUCUGAUGAGAGGAUUCACCUUGGAUGGCCCGGCAGAUUCAAUCAUGGCCCUUAGCGACUCCCAGUGGGUAGCAAACAUUGUGCCUAACAUAAAGGUCCAUCGCCCGCCGCCUGACGAUGACGACGGCGACGACGACGAAGAUGAAGAUGAAGACGAAGACGACGACAUUACGGAAGCCAAGUCAAUCCAUCCUCAUCUUGCCCGAAGAGAAGAAACCUAUGACCUACAGAAAAAAUACAAGAGUUGGAACUUGGAGGCCAUAUCUGGAAAUGAUUCUUUGAAAUACCACUGUCCUGAUGGCUGUGGAAAAGGAACUUGGAUCUACAUCAUUGAUGACGGUAUCGACGAGGGUCAUCCCGAAUUCAAAGGCCGCAUUGAGCAUGUGGAGCACAUUCAUAAAGGACCAUACCACCAUCAUCCAAAGAGGAACGGCAAGCAUGGAACGGCGAUGGCCGGGAUCGCUGCUGGAUCGACCAUGGGAGUGGCACGAAACGCUCGCAUUGUCGCCGUCAAUGUUUUUGGAAAAGAUAAUAUAGUCUAUUUGGACUUGUUCCUUCAGGCAAUGGACUGGGUAAUGAAUGAUAUCAGAACGAGGAACCGUUUCGGACGCGCCAUCCUCAGCCUUGGGCAGUGGGGAUGCCGGGCAGAAGGUAUAGAUGGUGCGCCUGCUACGCGAGCGGUAGCCGAUGCGGUCAAGGCCGGCGUCUUUGUCGCCGCGGCUAAUGGUUACAAAGUGGGAGACACCGCGACCGUUUGGCCAGGGAACGCGAAAUCGGUUUGCACCGUGGGCGAAUAUUGGCAGGGCCGGCAAUGGGAUGGCGAAGAGGCCGGUGAUCCUGACAUUGAUAUAUUUGCCCCAGGCUCGAGAAUCAGGACGUCCCAGCCUGGCAGUGUCGGAAGUUAUAAUCGCUACCACAAGAUCGGCGGCUCCGACGCUGCGGCGGCACACGUUGCAGGCGUCGCGGCCACCUUGGUCCACCAGAUCAAACUGGCCGACAUGUGUGAGACCCUCCAAUGCUGGGGCAACAUGGCCCAUCCAAAAUGGUUCCCCAAUACGGCGAACCGCUUACUGGUCAACAGACCUACGGCUGAUCUAGACCUUGGCGAUCAGGGUAUGUGGGAUAGACCGGAGUGUCAGCCGUGGAUGAACCGCACGGGUCGAAAGAGGCCUAGCCCUUAUAAGUAG